GUUGAUGCCGAGAACGAUUACCAUGGAUAGGGCCGACCGGGUUAGUCUAGGCCCAUUUUAAUGUUCAGUCGGUGGUGGUGCCGGUGGGAUGUGGCCAUGCAUUUCCGCGAGUACGCCGUGGGGAAACAAGAAAACACAGUGGAGCAGGGGAGCACCCAGCUCGGAACUCUUGAGACCUUUCACUCCCACUUUUGCCCGUCGGUCCACUCGUCCACCAUGAGGCUUGCAGCGUAUACUCUUGGUAGUACCAUGCAGUUGUGUUGUCAGCUUUUUCGAUUACCAUUUUCUUCUUUUUUGACGCUUAUCUGUCAGCCCCUAGGUGCCUGAUCCAAAAGCAGAGGACCAUGAUUCAACGGGUUGAAAAUGAACAUCCAGAAAAUCAAGUAAGCCGGCCCUAGCUUUCCCUCAUGCUGGCACCGUUGGAGCUAAACCGCACCACAUCACACCAAAGACAUGAGAUGGGAUAGGAUGGAUUGCUCUGCAGAUGAAGGUGAUGCCUGUCGAAUAUUCCUUUCACGCCAUUGGUUCACCUAAUUUGGGCUUACCCAAAAGGUUGUCCGGUCCCCCCAUCUGCCAGGGCCUUUUGGUUUCCACCAGCCUUAUAUCAUCGGCCAGUGCCACUGCCGCACCCCCAUCUUCGUCGUUCAUGUUUCUACGUCAAGUCAUCGGCGCAGGCUUCACCCGUUGCGACAGCUUCACACUCGUUUUCCUUCCGGAGACUCGACCUCACUCGUUGGCUUGCUAAACCUAUGCAGCUUGGCUUGACGGUCUCUUUCAGGCAGAAUGCUUGUCACGAGGGUUUUGGGCACGCUCGGAGCGCUGGCCCUGACUCAGUUCGUCUCCGCUACCGAAAGGCCUUUUUACCCCAUGACCAAUACCACGGGGGUUUCGAGCGCUGCUCCUGUCACGUCUCUUGCGCCCAGUGGUCAUAAUACCGAUACGGGGUUUUGCACAAAAUAUUGGCACGACUGUCGCAAAUGCGUCGAGCCGGUUGUGAUUACAACCACGGUUCAUGAAACCAAGCCCGCCUCUACAGUGACAGUUACAUGUACAGAAUCGUACACCGAAACGGUUACGGCAAAGGAGACAGUCAUCUCCACUGGUGUCGUAACGGCAACAGUGGUAGAGACAGUCAUUCAUACCUCAACCGUCGAAGAAACCGAAUAUCUCCCAACCACCGUCCUUGAUACCAAAACUCUUACUGACACGGCCAUCGUGACCUCUGGAUACACGGAGACCGAGACUGACUGCGAGACCAUCACCGCAACUACAAUCUAUACAACAAGCUACCCAGUCACUACAACAGUGAGCAUUUGCAAUGGGGAGGAUCACUCUUCGUAUUGUGUUGUCAGCACGACGACUACAUGGAAGACAACCACCGAGACAUCGAUUGUCGAGACAACGGUCCAAGUCGCAGUCCCGACAACAGUCCCGACAACAGUUCCAACAACAGUCCCAACAACAGUCCCAACAACAGUCCCAACAACCGUUUACAUCCCCACGACAGAGGUAGAAACUAAGACGAUCGUUUACACUACAGCAAUCUCUGUCCCAUACACUGUGAUUGAUAGCACAACACUCUGGUCCACCCUUGAAACGACUUAUACAAGCAUCCAUACCAUUGAGAAGACAACGACUGACUAUGUUGAGGUGAUUUGUACCACGACGACCACGGAAAUCAGUUCCUACCCGGUUACCGUGACUGGCACCAAGACGAUAUGGACGACCGAUUACUACACAAUCACGGACAUUUACACCACAUUGGUUCCAACCACGACAACGGAAGUUGUAACCACCACCGAUGUUGUCCUCAGCACUGUUGUUAGUGCUACGACGGAAACCACAACCUUCACCACGGUAACUUCGUAUCCGGUGACCGUUACCGAUAGUACUACUUUUUACACAACCAAGACGGCCGUAGUCACUUCUGUUGUUGUCAGCUCUUUCACGUCUGUUCAGACUGUUACCGAUCACACGACGGCAACCGAGGUUUUCACUACAACCGCGACUGUAAUUCCGCCUCCCAUCAUAACAACUGUUUCCGGCACUCUCACCACCAUUACACUUCCCCCAACAAUUGUUACACAGACUCUGGAUCAUACUGUCACUCAGACUGAACACAUGGUUUCUACUCUGACGCUCCCAGGAACAACGACGGUGACCACCUUCACAUCAGUUGCACCCGCGACCACCACCACGUUGAUACGUGAUGGAACCACAGUCAUUACCACGCUGCCGGCUUCUACGGCGACGAGUACGACGACUUUUUCCGUACCUCCUCAAACUAUUACGCAGACAAUUACCAAACCACCCUCAACAAUUACUAUUGCCACGACCGUCUCUAAGACGAUCACGACUUGCCAUCCCACGGACACUGUCGCCCCCGCUCUUCAACAGGCAUACGAUCCAAAAUCUGAUCUCACAUGGGGUUGCAAACCUGGGUUCGUUUGCGAUAAGCCUAAACCAGACAGUUGCAACUUGUGGGUCGAUGCGCCGUCCGAUGAUUAUCGGUGCGAACCGCAGUGGUGUAAGCCAGCUCGUCCGUUUCCCAAUGUGACCUGGCCUGAGAACGAAACUGGAUAUUACCCGCCAACUGAAGGGUAUUUCUACCUCGAUCCCAAUGUGUUCGGUUUGAGCGACGAUAUCUUUGAGGAGCAUCUUGUGAUUGUCGAGGUUGGCGGUGUCACGUCAACCAUUACCACCGGUAAUUGGGGUGUCCAAACCAACCUAACAUGGCCUCCGCCGCGCCCGACAUCGGCCACAAACUCGACUUCGACCACUUUGCCUUCAGUGGGAUACAUAUAUAAGCGCGACCGUUUCUCGAAGCGGGCAGACACCCCACAUCCUGCUGUCUGUUUUGAUCAAUGUAAUGACGCCUACCUUGAAGCCCAGCAAGUCGGUAAAUCACCGGCUCUGUGCGCCGCCGGCUCACCUUUCAAAGAAUAUUACGACUUCUGCCAAUCUUGUGUUAAUGCGAAGCCGGAAAGUAAGGCCAAAAGAGACGUCAAGGCGUACCUCGAGCCUAAAUAUGCUCAAUUUAUCAACUACUGCGACGAACAAGCCCCUUCACCUGCCCCAUCCAGCAUACCCCCACAGCCGGUCCAGUCUAACACUCCUACGAUCUCCACGACUUCGCAGCAGGCACCUAACUCGAACACUGAGCCCGUACCCAUCUCAACUUCGUCUUCUCGGCCAGCCUCGGAGCCUUCUACCACGACUACAUCUGGCGUUCCCCCUACGUCCUCAAGCUCUUCUGCUCAACCAUCAACAAGUGAGCCAAGUUCGUCUUCUAAACCGGCCUUGCCUUCGUCUUUGCCCCCGGUUAUUCUUCCCUCGUCGAAGCUGGUGAUCACUUCCGCUUCCUCUGCUGUCCCGCCACCCUCUUCCUCUUCCACGGCGGUGGCAGUAUCCUCUGAGCCUGCGGUCGUUUCGUCAGCUCAAGCUUCCUCUCAGCCGCCGGUUUCUUCAUCUGCGCCGGUGGCUGUCUCAUCUUCUUCGGCGCCGGUUGUUUUGUGUUCUUCAGAAGUCCUAACCUCCUCGUCUUCAGCGUCGAGCACGACGGUCUCUGAAGCUUCCUCAACAGUCUCGACCGCGUCAUCUUCAUUGGCUGAAUCAUUGACUUCGUCCGCAUCGUCAUCCUCAACGGCAUCAUCCAGCUCAGUUGAAUCGUCAUCAUCCUUUACCACCAAAUCGUCUGCGGUUGGGGUGUCGUCGACCACCGCUAUUCCCACCAGACCUGUGUCCGUUCCGUCGUCUUCCUCAUUGGCUUCGUCGUCUUCCCCAUCGGCUUCGUCGCUGCCCUCGGUUUCAAGCAUCGAGCCAUCGAUCACCGCAUCCGUCAGCGGCACGAUUAGCGCUAGUAGCACAGGCAUCACCACCUCGACCGCCCCACCGUCAAGCAUCUCCGACCCCGUUACUUCAGCGGGCAGUGUCGCUCAGUCGCCAUCGAUAGCGGCUUUAUUGGCUACCAUCUUGGCAGCCAUCCUUUUCUUGUAAAUUUGCUGAUUGACGAACGGGGAAGUUCUUCGGUUUGACUUCCUGUUCAACCCUUUUAAUACUUGCCCAUUUGGGUCAGCCUGGAUGAGAUGGGUUGAUCGGCUUCGUUACGGAGGUUUGGUCAAAGUGGGAGGCACGUUCUAGUGUUUAAUCUGCUGCAAGAAAGACGAGUUGUGGUUCGUGGAUGAGUUUGUGGUCCCGGGAUGUUUGUUACAGAAAUACGUCGCUUCUUCACUCAUGGUGUUACGCAUCAACAAACUCCUUCGGGAGGUAAACAAGCGGAGUCGGGGCAUGUAUAUGCUUAUAUUCCAUUGUGCGGAUGAGCGGAAACAGAUGCAAAUGUUGCCGUGGCCACAGCGGAAGUAUGCAGCGUCAUAGCUAGCUGUAGGAGGGCCAAUGACUAAUGGACAAGAAAAGGAAGAGAAGGAAACAAUUCAAUGAUGGAUGAGGGACUUUACGAAUUCACGACACUCAUUUAUAUGACGGUACAUAACGUGGCAUGAAGCGGGAGAAAGGCGAACGAAGCAUAUUGAUUGAUACCCAUGUUACUCACAGAUAUACACUCUUUUGGGAUAAUAGACAUAGACAUAGUUGGGGAUGGU